AUGAGCUGUCUGGAUGUUAUGUACCAGGUCUACGGUCCUCCGCAGCCUUAUUUCGCAGCCGCAUACACUCCCUACCACCAGAAACUAGCCUACUACUCAAAAAUGCAGGAAGCCCAAGAGUGCAACACCAGCCCAAGCAGCAGUGCCAGUGUGAGUUCCUCGUUUUCCAACCAAACCCCAGCCAGUGUAAAAGAAGAGGAGGGCAGCCCGGAGAAAGAGCGCCCACCCGAAGCUGAGUACAUCAACUCCAGAUGUGUCCUCUUCACCUACUUCCGGGGGGACAUCAGUUCUGUGGUGGAUGAACAUUUCAGUAGGGCCCUGAGCCAGCCUAGCAGCUACACCCCCAGCUGUACCAGCAAAGCGCACAGAAGCUCCGGACCCUGGCGAGCAGAAGGCACCUUCCCGAUGAGCCAGCGCAGCUUCCCCGCCUCCUUCUGGAACAGCACGUACCAGGCACCGGUGCCCGCGCCGCUGAACAGUCCUCUGGCCGCCGCACACUCGGAGCUGCCCUUCACCGCCGACCCCUAUUCUCCUGCUGCGCUGCACGGCCACCUGCACCAGGGCGCGGCCGACUGGCACCACGCACACCCGCACCACGCACACCCGCAUCCGCACCAUCCCUACGCGCUGGGCGGCGCCCUGGGAGCGCAAGCCUCAGGCUACCCGCGGCCAGCCGUGCACGAGGUCUACGCGCCCCACUUCGAUCCGCGCUAUGGGCCGCUGCUCAUGCCCGCAGCCUCCGGCCGCUCCGGCCGCCUGGCCCCUGCCUCAGCUCCUGCUCCCGGCAGCCCUCCCUGCGAGCUUGCAGCCAAGGGCGAGGCGGCGGGAGGCGCGUGGGCCGCGCCUGGGGGACCCUUCGUGAGCCCCACGGGGGACGUGGCCCAGAGUCUGGGCCUCAGCGUGGACUCAGGUAAGCGGAGGAGGGAGUGCAGUCUCCCCGCAGCCCCUCCAGCACUGUACCCGACUCUGGGCUGA